UAUGAAAGGCCACGUGUAAUUCGUUUAAUAUAGCAAAGUGGUUUAUAGAUGUUGUAUGUCCUAAAUUCGUAAAGCCAAUUAAAUUAUUGCUAUAUUCAUAUAUACGAUAUGGCUGCCACCUUUACGGCUUUAGACUAUUGUUUGUUUGGUGCAGUACUAAUAGUUUCUGGACUCAUAGGAGUAUACUAUUUACUCAAAGAAAAAUGGGGCGCAAAAGAGGCCUCAUCAGACGACAUUCUUAUGGGUGGUAGAGAAAUGCCGGUAUUUCCGGUUGCAAUGUCAUUGGUAGCAAGUUAUAUGUCUGCUAUCACUGUGUUAGGUACACCAACAGAAAUGUAUGUGUUUGGAAGUCAAUAUUAUUUAGUUGGAUUUUCUGGUCUACUUACAUACCCUGCGACGUGUUAUGUUUUUCUGCCAUUUUUUCACAAUCUUGGAUUAACAAGUGCGUACCAGUAUUUAGAGUUGAGGUUUUGUAGAGCGACAAGAUACCUGGCAGGUGGAAUUUUUGCUUUAGAAAUGCUUUUAUACAUGGCCGUCGUAUUGUAUGCGCCAGCAUUAGCAUUGAACCAAGUGACUGGUUUGUCUCUGUGGGGAUCUAUACUCAGCGUUGGUAUCGUAGUUACAUUUUAUACAUCUAUGGGAGGAUUGCGGGCUGUAUUGUGGACAGAUACCUUCCAAACAUUCAUUGUUGUUGGGGGUCUUAUUGGCAUUAUUUCUAUAGGGAGCUCAAAAUUGGGAGGACUAGCAGAGGUCUGGAGAAUUGCAUCGGAAGGAAACAGAAUUGAAUUUUUCAAUUUUGAUCCUAGUCCAUUCGUACGGUGCACAUUUUGGGGGUUAAUAGUAGGAAGUUUUAUUGGUCAGCUGACUAUCUAUGGUGCCAAUCAAACAAUGUUACAGAGGUACAUGAGUAUCAGUAAUGUUAGAAGCUCACAACUUGCAUUAUUUAUCAGCCUUCCUGCCACUAUGUUGCUGAUUACACUAGUAUGUCUCAGUGGAUUAGUUAUAUAUGCUGCUUACGCUACUUGUGAUCCAUUGCUAGAUGGAAAGAUUUUAGCAAGAGACCAGCUGUUGCCAUAUUUUGUCAUGGAGACACUCGGAACAAUCAAUGGUAUUCCUGGCUUAUUUGUUGCUUGCAUAUUCAGUGCCGCGUUAAGCUCUAUUUCAUCGUGUUUAAAUGCUUUAUCCAUUACCGUGCUUGAGGAUUUGAUCAAACCUACACUGGACUAUUGUGAUGUGACAAUGUCACAGAGAUCAGAGGCCAGACUGGCAAAACUGCUAGGUGUACUCGGUGGACUUCUUGUUAUUGGACUAGCUUUUCUGUGUUACUUUCUGGGAACUACUGUCUUGCAGAUUAUGAUAACAGUGUUGGGUAUGGCUGGUGGACCACUUUUGGCAUUGUUUAUCAUGGGAAUGUUUAUGCCAUGUGUGAAUGCAGUGGGAGCGACUGUAGGGACUAUAAUUGGAUCAAUAGUAAUAUUCUGGAUCGUCGCUGGGGCAUUUGUUUAUCAAGCUCCAUUACCAGAAUUACCUUUCCGAACAGAUGGGUGUGAUGUUAAAGACCAAAUAAAUGAUUUGUUUAACCAAUUUACAUCGCACGUGGUAGAUUUUAGUGCGACAAGUAAACCUGAUAUUGUAACUGAGCUUGUAACAGAUCAUUCUGUGGACUGGUCCGGAUAUAAGAUAAUAUAUCAGCUGUCGUUUCUAUGGUAUCCAACAGUUGCUGUUUGUAUCUCAAUUGUGUUUGGAAUACUUAUUAGUUGGGCAACAGGAUGGAGAAAAGGGAAGAUAAAUUCACGUUAUAUCUAUCCAGUGUCAGAAAAACUUUGUUGCUGUUUACCGGCAUUUUUUCUAAGAUGUUUUAACUGCAACCAGCUAUGGAAAUAUAAUCAACAAUCGGGAAGUGACUUACUUUCGGAUGAAGAAGAUGAAGAUGAUAUUCCAAUAACGAUAUAUACUAAAACUAAAAUUGAUGGCAGAAAUUCACAAGAAGCUGAAUUAACACAACCUGACAUUGCAAUACCAAAGAUCAGCCAGGCAGAAAUAGACAAUAAUUGCAGUAGACUCGUUGCAGAGCAUGAACAAUCAUCAGAAAGGAGUGCGUCUCCAAUUCAUUACUAUAAAAUUUUCUGGAAUGAUAGUUAA